UAACCCCGGCUGCGACCUUUUCCCUGCUUUCCGCUCUCAGCAAAGCACAGCGCUGGUCCCGUGAUCAUUCCUCUGCUGUUUGACGAUAGAAAGCAACAUGGCUGCCUUCAGCAAGUCUAUUCCGCACAAUUGCUACGAAAUAGGGCAUACCUGGAGUGCUUCUUGUACGCUUUCAACGCUUCAGGUCACGGCCGGAGCCCUUGAGGCGUCCUUUAAAAUAUAUGCACCCUUAUAUCUCAUAGCUGCCAUACUUAGACGAAGGAAAAAGGACUAUUACUUGAAAAAACUUCUACCUGAAAUCUUGCAGUCAACCUCAUUCCUGACUGCAAAUGGAGGACUUUACAUAGCUUUCUUCUGCAUCUUGAGGAGAAUUCUGGGGAAGUUCUACUCAUGGUCUGCAGGCUUUGGAGCUGCAUUACCUGCCUCAUAUUUAGCCAUUCUCAUUGAGAGGAAAAGCAGGAGAGGAUUGCUAACAAUAUACAUGGCGAACUUGGCUACAGAGACGAUAUUCAGAAUGGGAGUUGCAAGGGGAGUCAUUAAACCCGUCAGGCAUGGAGAGGUGCUGUUGUUUUGCCUGACUGCCUCUCUGUACAUGUUUUUCUUCCGGUGCAAAGAUGGCCUCAAAGGUUUUACAUUCUCAGCACUCAAGUUUAUAGUGGGAAAAGAAGAGAUUCCAACACAUUCAGUGCUGGCAGAGAGUGUCCACGCAAGAGGUCCCGAGAGGACAUAUCAGGAUGAAGAGAGACCUGGAACACAACAGAACAAAAGCAGAAGUUCACUUGUGGCACUGACAAGGAAACUCUUAGACUCAGUAUGCAAGCGUGGGCCGAGGCACAGGUGUUGCAAACACUAUGAAGACAACUGCAUCUCCUAUUGUGUUAAAGGGUUUAUUCGGAUGUUCAGUGUUGGUUACUUAAUUCAGUGCUGCCUGAGAAUCCCAUCAGCAUUCCGCCACCUCUUCACAAAACCUUCCCGGCUUCUCUCUCUGCUCUACAAUAAAGAAAACUUUCAGCUGGGUGCAUUUUUAGGCUCAUUUGUCAGCAUAUAUAAGGGCACAAGCUGCUUCCUACGUUGGGUGAGAAAUCUGGAUGAUGAGCUUCAUGCUCUUAUUGCUGGUUUCCUUGCAGGUGUCUCCAUGAUGUUUUACAAGAGCACCACUAUCUCCAUGUACCUGGCUUCCAAACUGGUGGAGACCAUGUAUUUCAAAGGCAUCGAAGCUGGAAGGUUUCCGUAUUUUCCUCAUGCUGAUACCUUGAUCUAUGCAGUUUCUACAGCAAUCUGCUUUCAAGCGGCUGUGAUGGAAGUGCAGAAUCUGAGGCCUUCUUACUGGAAAUUCCUUCUGAGGUUGACAAAGGGCAGGUUUGCUUUGAUGAACAGAAAAGUACUGGAUGUAUUUGGAACCAAAGCAUCACAGGAUUUCAAGGCUUUUGUACCCAAGCUGGACCCCAGAUACACUGUAGUCAAACCUGAAAUUGAGAUUCACCUGGACUCUUGAGCUGUGGGUCAUCAGUGCUGGUGAGAGAAGCACCCACAACAGGCUGUUGUCCAUGGUAUUCACGGGAGCACAAGUCUUUUAUAUUGUGUUAAUUCAAUGUGAAAUUGUUUCUAAUUCCAGGAAUGCAGGAGAGUGAGGUGCAAUGUUUUUGGUUUCAUUCUACUCCCUUCCAGCUGCUUUGCAGAUAAAUCUGCAGUAAUGGAAACAUUGAUCAGUAUAAGUGAUCCUCAUAUUUUAGGCCAGUAAUACUUAAUUUGAAAAAAUAACAUGAGUCAUAAUAGAAAUUAAAUUAAACAUGCUUGUAAAAGGAAAGUAUAAUUAGAGUCCUUCCUAAAUUGCAGCAAAAAAUUGAAAAAAAUAGCAGCUUGAUUGCAGGAAAUGUUGGGAAAUAAUAGAGAAAUAUUCUCCAUAUUUUAUGAUUUUUAUAUACAUGUAUA